AUGUCUCUGUUGCGACGUCUCUUGUCUACUUGUAUCUUCGAAAACAAUGCUCACGUAGUCUUCGCAGAGGCACCGAAAAUACAACUAGACGAGCUUUUUUCUCCCAACAUGCCCCUAAAUGGUCUGAGUCACUAUCUUUCAGCUGAUCUCUCAACUCCAAAUAAACAGCCGGCUCCGUCAGCAGGAAAGCCAAUGCGCCGCAUCGAACAUGAUACGCCUACGAAGCAACAGCCUGUCAGCCGAAUUGCUUCUCCGCUGCCUUCAGAAGUAGACUCCUCUCUUAAUUCGCCUCAAACGUUUUCUACGAUCGGCACGCCCACCUCCGAAUUUGGCCCCACUCCUGGACCUGACUCACACAACUGGUCGGCCGCAAUAGGCCGCGCCGCAACGGGGAAAUCGGGAAGAGUAAUAGAGAAGCUUAUGGGGGAGAACGACCGGUUGCAACGAGAGAGAAAGCUCGCUAUCGUCAAACUUGAGGAGGAGGUAAAACGUGGAGAAUCAGCAAGGUCAGCCUUGGAAGGGCUCCAAGUGUCGAACGAAACCCUGUCAUCGAUUCACGAAUCAGACAAGAUUCAGAUGACCAAGAAAGAUAGGAAGAUUGAGCUUCUAAGGGCUGAUCUGCAGUCCGAGAAGCUGCGGAGAGAGAAGGCUGAGAAGGAGACACGGGAGAGUCGACGGGAACGGGAAGAGGUCGUCGAGGAGCUACGGAGAAGUGCUGCAGAGGAUAGAGAGGAGGCAAGAAGGUCUACCGCACAAUAUGAGAUCCUCGCAAGCUCAUGGAAGACUUUGGAGGACAGGUACGAACGUCAAACGCAAAAGCUCAAGACCGAUCUCAACGAUCUUCGGACAGAGAUUAAUGGUGACAAGCGAAAGAUGACGGAGCUUGAGAUCGUGAUUGAGCAACUCACACAUGAACUCGCUAAGGUCGCGCAGGUGAAGGAUAAGCUGUUGACAGGAUUUCAGGCGUACAAGAAGGAACAGGAAUCUGGGCUUCAAGAGAUCCAGGAAAAGGCUGAGAGGAACAACAGCGCCAACGAGGAACUUCAUGAGCAGAUGAGUGGCGUGCUCGGCCAGAUGAAGCACGUUGUCAACGUCAAGAAGGAUUCUAGAGAGAACGUAUAG